GUUUACGGUGUGCAACUGAGGAAUCCGAGAGAUCCCGCAGAGCUCAUGAGGCGGAGGGGAGAGAUCUAGUGAUUUUAGCCAGAAGAAUGUUUUGUAUCUAAUGCAAGAUCAUUUUUCCAUAUUAUCUUCAAUGUGCCUAAAUGUCUUUACUUUUGGAGAUCAUCAGACAGUUGCUGGAUUAUUUUGGAAUACCAGCCGAGCAGCUUGUACAAAUAUGGGAGAGUCAUACCAUCAGGCACAGAUUUAUUCACGUCUUAGUUGCUCACCUGCCUUUAUUAUUACCAGAAAGAAAUUUACAGCUUCCAGAGAGAUGGGAGACUAAGGAGUUUGGCUGGACUCGUAGCAUUGUCCGUGUGAUUGGUACUUUACUCCCACUGGAUCCUUGUCCAAGACCCCAUUUUCAGCAUAUAACAAAUCCUGGUGCAAUAGAAUCCAAGGAAAAUGGAACAGUCUGCCGUCCUGGGAUUCCGUCUUUGACAGAUGUCACAUGGCUGUCUGAUGAAGAGACCAUUGCUUGUACAAGGUUUAGAUAUAAUCUUCCAGGCAAAAACUUUGUAGAAUCGAUUUCUUUGUUGAGACCCAGCAAAAGCAAUCCACUCUUUAAACCGUUUGACAAAGACCAUCAACCCACAAGUGAUAAUGCUAUCCAGAAAAUAGCGGCUCUUGAAAAUGAAUUGGCGCAGCUACGCGCGCAGAUUGCUUCAAUUGUUGCCGUACAAGAAACAAAAAAUGUGCAUUCAUGUUCAGAAAGCCUUUGUUCAUUUGGCAGUCCCAGUAAUGCUCUUCCACCACCUUCUUUAACCUCAACACCUUUUUCUACACAUCUUCUACAGUCUGUAGCGGCUACACCAACACCGCCGCCUCCUCCGCCACCACCACCACCACCUCCACCACCUGCCUCAUCGUCAAAAUUAAACACUAGUAAGUCUGUGAUUGAUUUGAUAAAACAACGCAAGGCAGCUCACAAGCACAGCCCACAAGAAAAGGAGGUGGUUGAAAAUGACAGUGACAAAAGCUUUCCCUCAAUGCUGGAUGUUUUAAAAGAUAUGAACAAAAUCACACUACGUGCUGUUGAGAGGUCACCUGGGGGCACACCCCUUACCAGGAAAGACAAAAAAAGACGUUCUGUAAAUGAUCCUGCAGCUAUUAUUGCUCACGCACUGAAAAAGAAGUUUGCACACAGACAGACUGAAGACUCUCUAGAAAAAGAGAAUAGAUCUUAUGAAGAGUCUCCAUUCUCCAGUCCUGAAACUCCACAGUUUGGCCGUCACCUCUUAAAGCCCAUAGGAAAACGCACACAGGCAAAUCCUGAAAGAAAACCAACGCUUGUAAAAAUUGGACCGCAUGUGUAAAGUAACAAGCGAAACAAUGGGGACUGUAUGCCAGGAGGUUUUAGCUGCAUGGAUCACUGGAGCAAAGAGCUGUAGGAUCAUCAGUGGGAUGUUCUUGAAGCACUGCUUGUUGUGCUGAUUACUGUUUGUAUCUCCAUAUUGUAAGCCGUGUGUAUUUAAUAUUUUUUGUUUUCCUUUUUGGUUUCCCCCCCUAAUCAUUUGGACUUUGUUAUGGCAGUUAAUAUACAAUUUAUUGAA